AUUUAUAUAGUCCACUCAACUCCAUCUGCAAAUUACCGAAUCCAUCACUCUAGACUUCUUCCAGAAUCUGCAUUCUCAUUUCUCUCCAUCCAUGGCCGCUCGAACCCUACUCUGCAGAAAAACCCUAUCCUCCGUCCUCCGCAACGAUGCAAAACCAAUCGGAGCAGCCAUAGCCGCCGCAUCAACUCAAUCCCGCGGUUUGCAUGUCUUCACGCUACCGGAUCUCGCUUACGACUACGGCGCUUUGGAGCCUGUCAUUAGCGGAGAAAUCAUGCAAAUCCACCAUCAGAAACAUCACCAGACUUAUAUUACCAAUUACAACAAAGCUCUUGAGCAGCUUCACGAUGCCGUUGGUAAAGCUGAUCCAUCUACCACCGUUAAGCUCCAGAAUGCCAUCAAAUUCAACGGCGGAGGUCAUAUCAACCAUUCCAUUUUCUGGAAAAAUCUGGCUCCUGUUCGUGAAGGAGGUGGUGAACCACCAAAGGAAUCUCUGGGCUGGGCCAUUGACACAAACUUUGGAUCUCUUGAAGCAUUGAUUCAAAAGAUUAAUGCUGAAGGUGCAGCUCUUCAGGGCUCUGGAUGGGUGUGGCUUGGUCUCGACAAAGAGUUGAAGAGGCUUGUGGUUGAAACCACUGCAAACCAGGACCCAUUGGUCACUAAAGGAGCAAGUUUGGUUCCAUUGCUUGGUAUAGAUGUUUGGGAACAUGCCUACUACUUACAGUACAAGAAUGUUAGACCAGACUAUUUGAAGAACAUUUGGAAAGUUAUUAACUGGAAACAUGCCAGUGAAGUAUAUGAGAAAGAGAGCUCUUAAUCUGAAGUGCUGCUUGGUGUGAAACUUGGGACAACAGGUUUGCAGCUUGUUUGGAGAUGGAAUAAAAUAAUGUGAAGUGAUAGAUAAGACCUUCCUUUAAUGUACUUACACUUUAGAACUUCGAGCAAUAUAUGGCCGCAAUAACCUUAACCUUUUUGCUUCUGGGAUGUACUCCUUUUGCUUGAAUGAGAGUCUUAUGUGAAA